GGAACUGCCACCCAGUAAAGAAUCUACUGUCAAAAGAGCAACACGGAGUAGAAGUCGAUCAGGUGGUAGAGCUGCAAGGACACAGUCCCGUUCUCCCUCUAGACGAACUCCUGAACGAAAAGCAAAGGAAACAGCAAAAGUUGUUGCAUUAAAAGUAGAAAAAAAGACACCAUCGAAGGCUGAGAAGAAAAAGACAGACGACACAUCAACUUACAACAGUAUAAAGAAAGAUGAAACAGAUAGUGCUGUUAAGAGCUCAUUAAAGCGAGAGAAGAUUGGAUCAGCCAAUGAGGAGAGCAAAGAAAGUUUCUCAAAAAGUAUAACAAACAGUUUUAUGUUUAAGGAAGCUCAUGUUGUUGUGUCAGAUCUGGGUUCUGCUCAUUACAGGGCAUCACGUCUUGCUGCUCUGCGAGCAUUAGAAACUACCAAGCCUGUUUCUGGUUCAAAUACUGAGACUGCAAAAAAAAAUGCAGUGCCUACAAGUGAAGCAAAGUAUUCUGAUGAUGAAGAAGAAGAGGAGGAGGAGGAAGUUACUCCAAAACCAAAAACUCGAAGAAGUUUGCAGAUAGUAUAUUUCUUUGGCACAGUUCUAAGAAUUAUUUUGAUGCCAACAUCUCUUUUAUUUUUAAUUUUUUCUUGUACAAAGAAACAGUGCACAGUUCUUGAUACGCCACAGUUUUAUUCAAAGUGGAGGGAUUUUUUCAAUUCUAUUAUUAUUCCUCUCUCUUCAGUUAUUGCAUUUCAUCUAUUUCAAAGCAUUUUAGCUUUAAUACCUCUUGGAAGGAAAGUAACUGGUUUCCCAUUUGAUGCAAAGAAAAUUACUUUGGAAUAUCGCUUAAAUGGUUUUCUGUGUCUUAUUUUCUCUGUUUUGGGAUUCUCGAUACCUGCAUAUUUGGGAUUUUACAUGAAUUGGGGCUAUGAUAAGUUCAAGGCCAUUGGAUUGAGCUGUGCUAUUUACAGUGUUCUCUUUGCUCUUAUUUUGCACAUAAUCUCCACAGUAAAAGGACAUGGAGUUGUGCAAAGUAAAGUUCCUGUUCUUGGAAAUUUUUAUAAUGGAGUAUAUAUCAACCCGGUUUUGUUUGGGAAAGUGGAUAUCAAAACAUCCUUUAUUCGAGCAGGUUUGAUUGGUUCGGCAUUGAUAAACCUCAGCAUUCUUUUGAAAUUAUUUUUGAUGAAAGGCUAUAUCACAAUUCCCUUGGCUUCAACAGCAGGAAUGCAGAUCUUUUUCGUUUUUGAUUUACUCUUCCGAGAGGAGAAAUUGUUAAGCACUGCCACUUACACAAGUGAUACAAUUGGUUAUGGUUUUAUAAUGACAAAUGCCUUUUUGAUACCGAUUGGUUUAGCAUUGCAAAAUAUAUAUCUCUUUAUUUUUGAAGCAAAAGCAAGUACAAUUCCUCAUUGGUAUUCUGCUGCCAUCCUUUGCAUAUUUUUGACUGGCUAUUACAUUUACUUGACGUCCAGCAAUCUGAAGCACAAUUUCCGAAGAAAUCCCUUCAGCUCCUCUUUGGCAGACGUGGCGUCAAUUCCAACAAGUCAAAAAAAAAGACUUAUAGCAUCUGGACUUUGGGGAGUAAUUCGUCAUCCCAAUUACUUGGGUUUGCUCAUAAUGGCAGUCGCAUGGACACUUCCAUGUGGUGUGUAUAAAAUAAGAAUUUUAUGUUCUGUGUAUUUUUUUAGUGCUUCCUAUCAAAACAACUAACAUUUCUUAAGCUUC